AUGACCUCCCAAACCGCUUUACACCGGACCAUCUCCUUCGAAGCCAAUGCCCGACUCGCUCCUCCAGUGUCCGCCUACAAUUCAGCCAUGAGUUCCACAAAAGGUGGUCGAAGAAGAAGAUCUAGUAGUAUCAUCUAUCAAGAACCACCGGAGUCUCUGGAACAGAUCAGUGAUCAGGAAGCCCUUCCCAAUCUCAACUCACAAUGGGUCAAUGCCAAAGGUGCCUGGACGAUACAUCCUGUCCUCAUCAUUGGACUCAAGAUCCUCUUUGACAUCAUACCGGGGGUUACUCAAGAGAUAUCCUGGACUCUGACUAAUAUAACAUACAUGGCUGGCUCAUAUCUCAUGUUUCACUGGGUGCGAGGAGUACCGUUUGAGUUCAAUGCGGGAGCCUACGACAAUUUGAACAUGUGGGAGCAAAUUGACAACGGCGACCAGUAUACCCCAGCCAAAAAGUUCCUCCUCACCGUCCCCAUUGUUCUAUUUCUCUUGAGCACUCACUACACUCAUUACGACCUGACGUAUUUUAUUGUCAACUUCAUGGCCUUGAUGGCCGUUGUGAUACCCAAACUACCUCAAUUCCAUCGCAUGAGGAUCGGACUCUUCUCGGAUCCCCCGGACGACUAA